GAUUUCUGUUUUUUACUGCCUACUCAUAUUAUUAUUAGUUCUUGAAUCACUAUCUUGUGCUGCACAUUCGUCCAUUGAUCUGUUCCACAAUCUCCAUUCACUGAUUGAUCUUCCGAAAGAUGGCCGAUGCAUCUGAGACCAGUUCUUCUGUCUCUGCUUUUCUAUCUGCUUUGAUUCUAAAUGGAAUCGUUUUCUUGAUCUUCAUCACUUGUUUUAUCUUUUUGAGACGCAAGGAAGAAAGGGUCUAUCAACCACGAAGAAUUGUUCCAACUGUUCCAAUCGAAAAGCAGCCUGAUGAGACCCCCUCUGGCUACUUUGGCUGGUUGAACCACUUACUAUCCAAGUCUCAAUCGUGGAUCAUCCAGCAAACGGGUGUCGAUGGCUUCUUCUUUUUGCGAUACUUGUUUUUAAUUGGCUCCACUUGUUUUAUUGGUUCUUUUAUUGUCCUUCCAAUCUUGCUCCCUGUGAAUGCGACAAAUGGUCACAACUUGGAAGGUUUGGAUAUUAUCAGUUAUGCCAACAUCAAAAACAAAAACAGAACAUUUGCCCAUGUCUUUCUCUCUUGGAUAUUCUUUGGUUUAAUCAUCUACUCAAUUUACAGAGAAUUGUUUUACUACGUCUCUUUUAGACACUCCUUACAAGCCACACCCUACAUCGACUCUUUAGUCUCUUCCAGAUCUCUAUUAAUCACCUCCUUACCAAAGGAAUACAACGAUGAAUUAAGUCUAAAAAGUUUGCUUCCAAGUGCAACAACUUUUUCCUUUACUAGAAAUUACAAACUUUUACAAAAGAAAAUUGAAGAAAGAUCCAAAUACGCUUCGAAAUAUGAAGCCACUCUAAAUAAAGUCAUCAACAAAUCAGUGAAAAUUCGUCAAAAGGCAAUCAAAAAAGAAAAAGAAUUACCAACUCCUGAAGACCAAUUAUCUUCUUACAUCCCAGAUAAAAAGAGACCAACUCAUAAACUAAAACCAAUCAUUGGCAAAAAAGUUGAUACAAUUGACUACUCCAUCAGCCACAUUGCUGAAUUAAACCAAGAAAUCGAACAAGAUCAGCAAAACUACCUCGAUAACGAAAAAGUAGGCUCUGUAUUCAUCCAGUUUCCUAACCAAAUUGAAGCCCAAAGAGCUUUUCAAGCUUUACCUUAUCACAAAUCCUUUAAAAAAAGUGGUUCUAAAUUCAUCAUAAAUACUCUUCCUGAUGACAUCAUUUGGGAAAACUUGUCUCUAACUCAACAUCAAAGAAGAAUUAAAAAAUUAAUCGCUAAAUCUGUUUUAACUGCAAUGAUCAUCUUCUGGGCCAUUCCUGUUGCUGUUGUGGGUGCAAUUUCAAAUAUCAACUACUUGAUCGACAAAGUUUCUUUCUUGGAAUUUAUCAAUAACUUACCAACCGUACUACUAGGUUUAAUCACUGCCUUGCUACCAACCAUCAUGCUAGUCAUUUUAAUGUCCCUAGUUCCUCCUUUUAUUAAAGCUCUCGGUAAAUUUGGUGGUCUAUUAACCUAUCAAGAAAUUGACUUAUGGUGCCAUGAUUGGUACUACGCUUUCCAAGUCAUUCAAGUUUUUUUGAUUACAACCAUGGCUUCCGCCGCAACUUCUGUUGUUACCAAGAUCAUCGAUGAACCUGAUUCUGCUUUAACUUUGCUUGCUUCAAACUUGCCAAAGGCUGCCAACUUUUACAUUUGUUAUAUCCUACUUCAAGGUCUAACAAUUCCAGGUGCUGCUUUAUUCCAAGUGGUUGCCCUAAUCUUAUCAAAGAUCUUGGGUAGGCUUUUGGAUAAUACUCCAAGAAAGAAAUGGUCAAGAUUUAAUAGCUUAUCAAAACCAAGCUGGGGUAUCGUCUUCCCUCCUUACGCUUUACUAGGUCUCAUUGGUAUUUGUUACUCCAUCAUUGCUCCAAUUGUCAUUGCCUUUUCUGCCGUUUGUUUCCUCUUAAUCUAUGUUGCCUACCUCUACAAUUUAACCUACGUAAUGGACCACUCAAUUGACUCUAGAGGCAGACAUUAUCCAAAGGCUCUUUUCCAAAUCUUUGUUGCAUUGUACUUGGCUGAAGUCUGUUUAAUUGGUUUGUUUGUAUUUAACAAAGGUUGGGCUCCUGUUGCAUUAGAAUCCAUCUUACUAGCUGCUACUGUCGCUUCUCACUUAUACUUUAAAUAUAAGUUUAUUCCUUUAUUCGAUCAAGUUCCACUUAGCGCACUUUAUCAAGCUCAAGGUAACCCACACUACACUUAUAACCCUAAAGAUCAAGGUUUGAAAGAAAUUAAAGAAACUGGUAAAUCUUUCUGGAUUGAUAAUUCUGAUAAAAACUCAGUUUCCAUCAUUGAUGAAAACGUUGCAUCCACCUCCGCUGCCCCAGACGCUUCUCCUUAUCCUUACGACAAAGAACCCACUUCUGUACCAGUUCCUCCAGUCGCUGAAAAUGAAAAUAACACAAAGUUGCCCAUCAAUUCAGUUCCAGAUUACGAAAACUCAACAACUCAAGAACACUCUAAAGUAUUUUUUAAAUCCACUGUCGUUAAUUUCUUCCAUCCAAGAAAAUUCUUAACGUUAAGUUAUAUCAGGUCAAUUUUACCAAAUUACUUGAACAAUCCUAUUAUCUAUGACAACCUAUCUGAAUCUUACCUUGACCCUGCUAUUAAAGACGAAGCUCCAAAGAUUUGGAUUCCAAAAGAUCCAAUGGGUUUAUCGACUAACGAAAUUGCCAAAGCAGAAGGUAAAGUUUUCGUAACUGAUGAACAAACUGAUUUCGAUGAUAAAGGAAAAUGUCAAUAUCUUGGACCUCCUCCAGAUUACGGGGGAAGCUAUUAAGAUGUAAAAGGUUUUCAAUGCGUGUUAUCUUGAAUGAUAGUUUUUUGUUUAAAUUAAACUUCAAUCUUUUUUUUUCUACUUUGUACUUUUCUGAUUUCUUAUUCCUGAUCUUUGAACUUUAAACUGGUUUUCUAAUGGUUUUCUUUAAUGUUUUUUCUUUCACUUAAUGCAAAAGUUUUUAAUAAUUAUUACUGUGUUCUAUUUCCCUUUAUUUAAAUCAAUUCUUCAC